AUAGAAAAUAGAAAUGCGAGCCACGAAAAAUAAAGAACAAAAUCUAUAAAUAAGUAAAAUAAUUAAAUAAUAAAAAGGAGGUCCCUACCACUUUGUAUAUACUAUAAAUAAUCAGUUUUUUCUAUUUUAAAGCCGCUAAACUCCCAUUUUCGAACAAAGCUCUCGUGAAAUUCCUUCUGACUUCUCUAUCUUCUCGCUCUAGAAAUGGAUCCUUACAGGUACCGUCCGUCGAGUGCUUUCAAUUCAUCUUUUAUGACCACGAAUUCUGGAGCUCCAGUUUGGAACAACAACAACUCUUUGACUGUUGGGAGUAGAGGUCCAAUCCUGCUUGAAGAUUAUCAUUUGGUGGAGAAACUUGCUAACUUCGACCGUGAGAGGAUCCCAGAACGUGUUGUCCAUGCCAGAGGUGCCAGUGCCAAGGGAUUUUUCGAGGUCACUCAUGAUAUCACUCACCUUACUUGUGCUGAUUUCCUUAGAGCCCCCGGAGUUCAAACACCUGUUAUUGUCCGUUUCUCCACUGUUAUCCAUGAGCGUGGUAGCCCUGAAACUCUUAGGGACCCCAGAGGAUUUGCCGUUAAGUUCUACACAAGAGAGGGGAACUUUGAUAUGGUGGGAAACAACUUUCCCGUCUUCUUUGUCCGGGAUGGAAUGAAAUUUCCUGAUAUGGUUCAUGCGUUGAAACCCAACCCAAAGUCCCACAUUCAAGAGAACUGGAGAAUCUUGGAUUUUUUUUCUCACCAUCCUGAGAGUUUGCAUAUGUUCACGUUCCUCUUUGAUGAUUUGGGUGUUCCACAAGAUUACAGGCAUAUGGAUGGCUCGGGUGUAAAUACCUAUACUCUGAUCAACAAGGCUGGGAAAGUAAACUAUGUGAAGUUCCAUUGGAAGCCUACUUGUGGAGUGAAGUGCCUGUUGGAGGACGAGGCUGUUAAGGUUGGAGGCACCAAUCACAGCCAUGCCACACAGGAUCUUUAUGACUCGAUUGCAGCAGGCAAUUAUCCCGAGUGGAAAUUUUUUAUUCAGACUAUAGAUCCGGAUAUUGAAGAUAGAUUUGACUUUGACCCACUGGAUGUUACAAAGACUUGGCCUGAGGACAUCAUUCCCCUGCAACCUGUUGGCCGUUUGGUGUUGAAUAAGAACAUUGACAACUUCUUUGCUGAGAAUGAACAACUUGCAUUCUGCCCUUCUCUGGUUGUCCCUGGGGUUUACUAUUCUGAUGACAAGCUGCUCCAAACCCGGAUCUUUUCUUAUUCUGAUACUCAGAGGCACCGACUUGGACCAAACUAUCUGAUGCUCCCACCUAAUGCUCCCAAGACUGCCCAUCACAACAAUCACCAUGAAGGUUUCAUGAACUUCAUGCAUAGGGACGAGGAGGUGAACUAUUUCCCAUCCAGGUAUGAUCCAACCCGUCAUGCUGAGACGUACCCCAUCCCUCCUGUGGUGUUGACAGGGAAGCGUGAGAAGAGCGUCAUUGAGAAGGAGAACAACUUCAAGCAACCCGGUGAGAGAUACCGUUCUUUCGCACCAGACAGGCAGGAGAGAUUUAUCAAAAGAUGGGUUGAUGCCUUGUCCGACCCCCGUCUCACCCACGAAAUCCGAAGCAUCUGGGUUUCGUACUGGUCUCAGGCUGACAAGUCUCUCGGCCAGAAGCUCGCAUCUCAUCUCAAUGUUAGGCCAAUGAUGUGAAGAAGGUGAAGAGGAUGUUCUUGAAUUAUUUGAGGAAGAGAUGGUAGGACUUGAAAAAUAUAAAAGUUGGUUGUCAUGGAUUAGUUUGUUCUGUUAUGUAGUGAACUCGGAAUUCUCUUUGUGGUGUCAUAAACCAACCAUGACAUGUUGUGAUAUUAAUAAAUGGUUCAUAAAUUGUUA